AUGUCCACCUACCACCCCCACACCCUCAACAUCUUCGAUUACUACCAGACAGCCCGUGUCUCGUCUGCUGCCGUCGCCUCAUCCUCCACCAGCCGCCCCAUACCGUCCUCCGCAGACCCUGCCACCAGCACCCACAACGACGAGGCUGCCUACACUGGCGCCGCGUCCUCGGCCACAGACUAUGGCCCCAAAACCUCUGCCUCGAUCGACGGCAGCGUAGCCAACUCGACCGUCACUUCUGUUACCACCUCUUCCACCCCAUCCACCCGGCGUCCACCCCUGACCAUCGGUGCUGCAGUAGCCAUCGCCGUCGUCUCCUCCCUCGUGGUCGUCGGCUCCAUCAUCCUUAUCGUCUUGUACACCCGCCGUCGACGCAGGAUGAACAAGAUGCCGGGGAACGUCGCGGUCCCGAAGCGCAAAAAGGAAAAGGGCGGAGGCAGGCCGUUGGAGAGGAUCGAGACGCCAGUACCAAAGGCUGUCGCGCAGCUGCGGUCCGAGAGGAGCUUGCUGCCACAGCCGUCGCCCCCUCGCAUGUCCCAGCGUGAAACGAUCGGGGUCGUCCUCCCCACCCAUCCUCGGCCCGCAGCAUACCCGAUCCCUUCGUACCAAUCUCCCUUCCUCGACCCACCUCGGUCUUCUCUUACGCCUGCUACGUCGCGUCACAGGUCCGAGUCGACGUACACUGACGACUCGGAGUUUGACAUGCUCGCUCAAGACGGCUCGUCUUACGCGCGUACCUUGUCCACUUAUAGUGAGGGCGUCAACUCUGAAUACUCGGAGAGGGAUCUGGGAACCUUUGUUCCCAUGACUUCCUCCAGCGCCCACGGGCACUUCUCCGAUACGAUCGCCAUGUCUGCGCGGCCCACACUGGCGGUAGACACCAAGAGCGCGUCCGGUCCUUCUGACGAGGGUACCUGGGCAUAUACUGCCGUCGACUCGUCUUCUGCUGGCGGUUCCGGACCAGGCUCAGGCACGAGCGGGUGGAACCCUCUCCUGACGGCCACCACCCCAUACUCUUCUACCACGCGUACCCUCGUUUCUCCUUUCGCCGACCCUCCAUCCCUUCCGCAGCCCAACACCGGCUCCGGCUCAUUCAUGGGUCCAUACCUCAACCACCCCUCGCCUUCUGUGGUUUCUGACCGCUCAUGGCGAACGGAAGAUGACGCCCUUCUGAUAGCUCGAGGUGCGGCUCUGGAUCGGGAGAGGUCGGUGAGAGAGGGUGGGCUGAGAAGAGGUACGACGAUCGUCAGACAUCUUGAUGGCGGGUCCGUACCGGGGAGAGAAGAGGAAGCUCAGGAUGAUGAAGAGGUGCAUCUGCCUCCUGCUUAUGGAGAGCUGUAUCCCCAUUAA